AGAGAUUCCUCAUUUGGAGCGUCUUAUUCUUGCACAUAUCUCUACCAAUAAAGAUAUAUAUAUGUUGAAAAUAUUUAUAUUUCUUCACUUUCUUCAAAACUAAAAACAAAGAGAAAAAUAGAGAGACCAAAAUGGCGGAGGAAUCUCCAGAGUCUAUCUACGACUUCGCCGUUAAGGAUAUUGAAGGUAAAGAUGUGAGUUUGAGCCAAUUCAAAGGCAAAACUCUUUUGAUUGUAAACGUUGCCUCCAAAUGUGGUCUGACGGAUGCAAACUACAAGGAACUGAAUGUUCUAUACGAUAAAUACAAGGACCAAGGGUUGGAGAUUUUAGCGUUUCCGUGCAAUCAGUUCUUGGGACAAGAACCAGGAAACAAUGAAGAGAUCCAACAAACUGUCUGCACAAGGUUCAAAGCUGAGUUCCCCAUCUUUGACAAGGUGGAUGUGAACGGGAAGAACACGGCGCCAUUAUACAAAUACUUGAAAGCAGAGAAAGGAGGUUUGCUUAUUGACGCAAUCAAAUGGAACUUCACAAAGUUCUUGGUUUCACCUGACGGCAAAGUCUCCCAGAGAUAUUCUCCUAGAACCUCUCCUCUUCAAUUCGAGAAAGACAUUCAAUCUCUGUUGGGACAGGCUUCAUCUUGAUCAUCAUCACAAGUUUAAAGAAUCGUUUUAUCUAAAUCUUUGUUUUGUUCUUAAGAAUCCCACAAUGUUGCAAACUCUUAUUCUCUGAAUCUGCUUUUUUAAUAAACAUGGUGUCUUCUCGUUGGUGACACGUCGUUUCAUUGAUGAAUAAAUCAUAUUUAUCA